UAUUAUUAUAUGCAAGAGUGCCAACCCCGCUCAGUCCGUUACAUACUAUCACCCACAUAAAGCUAUGGUCUGAAACAGUUUACCGAGGACUUACCUAGGUAACUAGGUAACUAUGCCAGCCCUUUCACGCUCAAUUAUCUGGCUGUACCACGAAUUCGGGCUCUCGGCCAUUCACAAGACGGGCCGCAAUGCGUACCUCAUCAUCCUCUCGCGCUCGUUGCGCAUGUUCGCCUAUGGAAGCACCUUCAUCCUGGCCCUAUUCUUUAACGAGCUUGGCUUCACCGACUAUCAGAUCGGCCUCUUCUUUACACUGACGCUGCUGGGCGAUGUGGUUCUUGGCACACUCCUAACACUCAUUGCUGAUCGUGUGGGGAGGCGGAGGAUACUGCUCGCUGGCUCAGGGUUGAUGGUGUUGAGUGGAACUGUAUUUGCAUAUUUUGACAACUUUGGCAUACUGCUGGUCGCUUCUAUUGUUGGUGUCAUCAGCGCCACAGGUGGUGACUUCGGCCCUUUCAGGAGUAUUGAGGAAUCCAUGCUUUCACAUCUCACCACGCCGGAGACGAGGGCAGAUGUAUUGGCUUGGUAUGUCGCGACAUCGACAUUGGGCUUGGCCGUUGGCAGUGAGAUGUCUGGGCGGAUAAUCCAUACGCUUGAAAACAAACCGGGUUGGACCCUGACCUGGGCUUAUCACACCCUGUUCUGGAUAUACGCCGUCAUGGGUGUUGUCAAUGCUGGCCUGAUGCUUCUCUUGACAGAAGCUUGCGAAAGCAAGCAACCUGAAGCUGAGAACUAUUCUCGAUUACAAGACGAGGAAGAGACGGUCGAGUCCCCAAGAGCCGAAAGUCACAUAGCUACAUCGAAUACUGCUUCAACACCAUUGCGUAGCAGGGCCAAGGCAGGGUGGAUCGGACGCUCCCUUGGGUUCUUCUCCCAACCGCUCUCGCAGAUCUCAAAGCCGACUCGUUUAGUCAUGUACAAGCUCUGGCUAUUGCUUGCUCUAGACUCAGUCGCCGAUGGCAUGGUGCCGAUAUCGAUAACGCAAUACUACAUCAACGAGAAGUUUCACCCGUUUAAAGCCACACUUGGGGAUGCCCAGUCAGGUGCAACACUCCUGGGAAGUAUUAGCACUAUUUUCGCUGGCCCACUUGCAAGGAAGAUCGGUUUGAUCAACACUAUGGUCUUUACGCACAUCCCAUCAUCAGCAGCAGUGCUCCUAUUUUCUGCUCCUUCGAGUCUGUGGCUCACCAUCGUACUGCUGUUGAUUCGGACUGGCCUGAAUAGCAUGGACCAGGCACCGCGUGCUGCUUUCAUCGCCGCCGUCGUGAAGCCAGAAGAGCGCACGGCUGUCAUGGGCAUUGCAAGCACAUUGAGGACCCUUGCUGCCACCCUGGGCCCUACUGUCACCGGUAUUCUGGCUGGCAACGAACGCUUCUGGAUUGCCUUUGUGGCAGCGGGUUGCUGUCGGUUGGUUUACGACGCGGGAUUGUAUGCCAUGUUUGUCAAUAUGCCAUUGCAUCAAAACGAGGGUGACGUUGCGGUGGUUCCUUCAGCGGAGGUUGCGGACGAGUUCGCAUUGCAAAAUUUGGGAAACGAGGAUGAGGACGAUAACAUAGUCGAGAUCAGUUCAUUUCAUACAGUUGAGCCAAGGCCCAAGGUGGAAAGAUUCGAUAGCAACAAACCUCGCGGUAGUUCAACUCUGUCUUCGGGCAUUGAGCUAGCCAGCUGAUUUGCAAAUUUACUAUAUUCAAUUCCACUUUUGAAUUUCAACUCUCAUAUGGAUGAAAGUUGUUGGUUUACUCAAGUGCAAGGCAACGUUGGGGACUGAUCGCGCUUAAACAUGACUUCAUAAGGGUUAUCGGCAAUAUGGUUAUAUAGAUAGCAAAUAUAGAGAUAGCAGAUAUAGUAGACAGAGA